AUGCCGGUCACAACAAGAGGAGGAGCAGCCAAGGAGGCGCAGGAUCAGUCCCUACAGCAGAGGGUGGAAGGAGUCAUCAGUGGGAGUCCAGCGGAAGAGAAGACGUCGCCCACGGUCAAGUCGUCCAGCAUGAAGUCGUCAAUGUCUUCCCUUACGUUGCAGACGGAAGUGAAGUUCAAUGACCUCAUGGAGGAGAAACAGGAGGCAUUGCUCGAGCUGGAGCUUGAAGUUAUCAAUAUCGAGGCGGAUAUUUUUGAGAACGAAGACCGUGCCAAAGGAUUAGCAGAAGAGCUGGCGCUGUUGGAUCCUACUACAGAAGAUGCAAAAGUGAAGAAGACAGAAGGUCAAGAGUUGAACAAGGCGAUUCGUAAACUCAACACCAAGUUAAGGACUGUGAACCUUAAGAUUAAGAAAGUGAAAGAAGAAAUUGAAAAGUUGCCAGCAAAGAAAGAGUUGGCUCAAGCCAUCAUUCAAGCUCAAUAUGAUGAUGAGCAAAGUUUAUCAGGGAGUGAUAAGAGUGAUGGUGGAAAAGUGGACGUGUCAGACGACACUGUGAAGUGGGUGGGUGAUCACACCGUUGUUCCUGAAUCAGAAGAAGAAAUGAAGAGAAAAGAAGAGUUGGAGGGUAUGGAACGACGCAUUGAAAACUUGAGAAUACAUCAGGAAGUGAAAGAGUUUCGUCAGGAAGUGUACCCCCCAGAGCUUCGCCAUGGUCCUACCCCUCAAGAUCAAUUGUUGCCGAUCAUGGCAAAAGUGGCUGAAAGUUUGCAAUUACUUCAGCAACAAGCAAGCGCAGUGCAGGCGCCCCAAGAUUCUGUGACUCAGAAGUUUUUUGCUCGCCAGUCUACCAGCAAAGAUUUACCAUGGUUCAGUGGAAAGCCUGAAGAAUGGCCAGCCUUUAUCUCGGAGCUCGAGAAUACAACAAGUAUUUGUCACUUCACGGACGCCGAAAAUAUGCAAAGACUGAGAAAGUGCCUGAAAGGGGAUGCAGCAAAGGCAGUCCAGUCCCUGAUGAUAAGCCCGCACAAUAUGUUGGAGGUGGUGGAGACCCUGAAGACAAGAUUUGGACAACCCGAACAUAUUAUCGACUCACUGAUUAAGAAAGUUCGAGCGGCACCAGCAAUUCGUGAGGAUAAACUUGACACCGUAAUCGAGUUUGGAACAGCAGUGGUCAACCUCAUGUCAACAAUCAAAGCUCUUAGAUGUGAUGAGCAUUUGAACAACCCCAUGCUGAUGAAAGAGUUGAAGGAGAAGCUGCCAUCAUCUUACAAGAUGCAAUGGAUGGAGUGGAUUGAAGCUGAUGGGGUCAGAGUGGCAGAUUUGCAAGAGUUCACCCGGUGGAUCAAGAAGAAGUUGAAUACGGCGUGCAAGUUGGUGGCACCAGUCAUUAAGGACUACAAGAAAGAAGACACUCAAGAUAAGUUUGAUAAGAAACAGCAUGGUCGUUGGAAGAAAGAAGCAACAGUGCACCGAGUUAAUGAGAAAGAAGAGUUUAGUGAAGUGCAGAGGAGGGAACGGGUCAGGAAGUGCCAUUUUUGUGAUAAGAGUGACCACAAGACCUCCCAGUGUCUGAUUCUUCUCAACCUUUCCGCAGACAAUCGAAUUUUGAAAGUGGGUGAGAAGAAACUCUGUUUUAGUUGUUUAGUUGCCGGACAUUCGACGAAAAAUUGCAGAAGUAAGAAGCAGUGUGGAAUUGAUGACUGCAAAUUUACUCAUCAUCCCAUGCUACACGGUGCGAAGCCCAUCCAACAAUUAUUACAAAGAAGACGAGAUGAUAAUGUCGACAACAAUGGUCCAGCACAAGUCCAUUACGUGAAUGCAGCGUCACUACGAUAUGUGCAAGUCGAAGUGUCAGGCCCUGCAGGGAACGAAGUUGUUCUCGCCUUAGAAGACGAUGGAGCAGACAUCGCAAUUGCUGAAGAAGAAGUUGCAGCGGUCGUGGGGGCUGAUGGACCUAGUGCACCAUUUUGUAUGGCUACGUGCAGCGGCGACGGUCAUCACCCAGAAGCAAGAAAUGUGAAGUUUGGAAUUCGUGGAGCCUUUGGCCAGUCUGCACAAUUCAAGAUGAACAAUGUUAAGACAGUGAGGAACCUGAAUUUGAAAAGUGUGACCCUGGAUAUGGACAAGUUGAAAGCAAGAUUCCCCUACUUGAGAAAUCUCCCACUGAAGUCGUACUUUAAUGUGAAGCCAAAGAUGCUUAUUGGAAGUUCCCAUUUUGAAUUGAUUGAGCAUUUGAAGACGAUUAAAGGAGGACCUGGCGAGCCCAUUGCUGUGAAGUCUCGAUUGGGCUGGUCAAUCAUUAGUUCAAGAUCAGUAGGGUCAGAGCAAAAUGUGAGUUACAACGCCCACCACAUUUGCGCUGAAUACACGGAAGAAAGCCUCCACCAACUUGUGAAGAAAAGUUUCACGAUAGAAGAUUUUGGAGUGAAAUUAGCAGAUGAGAGACCGAGGUCAAAAGAAGAUUUGCGAGCCAUGAAGGUGAUGGAGUCAACCACUCUUCGAGCCCAAGAUGGACAGAGGUUCGAGACAGGACUAUUAUGGAAGCAGGACGAAUUGACUCUACCCGAAAGUAAGAAUAUGGCCCUUAACCGACUGAAAUGUCAAGAACGGAAGAUGGACAAGAAUCCAGAGUUCGCUGAAGCCUAUUGUAAGAAAAUGGAUGAAUAUCUAGAGAAAGGAUUCAUCAGAAAAUUAAGUGCCUCGGAAGUGGCAGUGCGAAGUCCAAGAAACUGGUAUCUUCCCCACUUCGGCGUCCUAAACCCCAAUAAGCCAGGAAAGUUAAGACUUGUUUUCGACGCAGCGGCGAAAUCUCAUGGCGUCAGCCUGAAUGACCAUUUGUGCCAAGGUCCAGACCUGAACAACCCGCUCGUCAGUGUCCUCAUGAAAUUCCGGCAGUAUAAAUAUGCAUUCGCAGGUGACAUCAAGGACAUGUUUCACCGGGUAUUCAUCCGAGAAGAAGACCGAGCAGCCCAGAGAUUUUUGUGGCGAGGAAUGACACGAGAUCAAGAUCCAGAUGAGUACGAGAUGCUAGUGAUGAUCUUCGGUGCCACCUCAUCCCCAACGUCAGCUCAAUACGCCAAGAAUUUGAACGCGAAUCAGCACGAGGAAGAAUUCCCAGAUGCAAGUAAGGCCAUCAAGACCAAGUUCUACGUCGAUGACUACUUGGACUCGAAGCCAACUGAAGAAGAAGCUAUUAAGAUAAUUGAAGAAGUAAUCCAUGUUCAAGAGAAAGCAGGAUUUGAAGUGUGCAAUUGGGUGGCGAAUUCCAGCACCAUUGUAAAAGCAAUUAAGGAAGAUCUAAGAUCAAAAGAUGUCAAGGAGUUGGAUUUGGACAACUCGGAUCUUCCUGAAGGCAGAGUGCUCGGACUCUGGUGGGAUCCUUCGAAGGAUGAGUUUCGUUAUAAACUCAACUUCCACAAAAUAGCAGAGAAGAUUAUGGAUGGAUCUCAGCGGCCAACAAAGAGACAAGUCUUAAGAGUAGUGAUGUCAGUAUUUGAUCCAUUGGGAUUCGUUGGUCAUCUCAUCGUCAAGGCCAAGAUCCUGAUGCAAGAUAUUUGGAGAAGUGAGAUAGGAUGGGAUGACGAAGUUCCAGAAACCAUCAAUCUCAAAUGGCAGGGCUGGCUUGAGGAAUUGCAAGGAAUUGCAAGUGUGCGAAUUCCACGGUGCUACUCGACCCUGAUUCCAGAAAGCAAGUCGACUCAACUUCACGUCUUUUGUGACGCCAGUGAGAAGGCGUACGUGGCGAUUGCUUUCCUGCGAGUUGAAAGUGAAUCAUCCGUCGACAUCAAUCUUGUAAUGGCAAGAACAAGAGUGACCCCAUUGAAGCCGAUGGCAAUCCCUCGUCUCGAGCUGCAGGCAGCUUUAAUGGGAGCAAGAAUGGCGAGCACUAUCAAGAAAGAAUUGGAAAUAAAGAUCACAAGUCAAAUAUUUUGGACCGACUCAUUUACCGUGAUUUGCUGGUUGAGAAAUGAUGCUCGUCGAUUCAAGCAAUUCGUCUCUCAUCGCCUAGGAGAGAUUCUCGAAGAGACAGACGUGGCGGACUGGAGGUGGAUUCCUACAAAGUUAAAUAUUGCGGAUGACGCCACACGGGAUCAUCUUCCUACCGAUUUAAGUGAAAAUAGCCGGUGGUUCAAAGCGGAAGAAUUUUUGAAAGAAGAUGAAAGUAUUUGGCCAAGGGAAAGAUCGAGAGGAGAAGAACAUGCCGAUGCUGAAGCCGAGUUGAAAGUAGAAGUUAAAUCAAUUGUACAGAAGUCCCUACAAAUUGAUCCGGCGGCGUGCAGCAGUUACAUUAAGCUGGUCAGAAUUACAGCCUGGAUGAUUCGUCUUGCGAGAAGUAUGAAGAAAUGUGCAGCAAGUGCCGAGAAGUUAAGUGUAUCUCGUCAAGAAUUGAAGUUAAACGAGUUUCGGCAGGCGGAAGACUAUUUAAUUAUGAAGGCCCAAGAAGAAGAGUAUUCUGUGGAGAUGCGACUUCUUCACGAGGGGAAGCCGUUGUCGAAAUACUCAGCUUUAAUUGCACUUAAUCCAUUCAUUGAUGAGAAGGGAAUUUUAAGAAUGCACACCCGCCUGCAAAAUUCCGAAUGUAUCCCGGAUCAAGUUAAAAAGCCCAUCAUCCUGAGAGGACAAAAUCCAUUCACAAAGUUACUUGUGAAACAUUACCAUGAGGCAGCAGGACAUCAAGGAAGAGGAACGGUGGCGAGUGAAUUGCGUCAGAAGUUCUGGAUUACUGGACUGACAUCAGCCGUUAAGGAGGCAUUUGCAAAAUGUCAAUAUUGCAAAAAUCGGAAAGUGAAGCCGGUAGUACCUGAGAUGGCGGAUUUACCCAAAGUACGAUUUGAAAGCCACAUUCGUCCAUUCACUAAUACAGGAUUGGACUACUUUGGACCCAUGGAAGUGACAAUAGGAAGAAGACGUGAGAAGCGAUGGGGGGCACUAUUUACCUGCCUAUCCACAAGAGCAGUUCAUUUGGAGUUGGCCGAUAAUUUCUCAACUGAUGCUGCCAUUAAUGCCAUACGAAGAUUCAGCUGCCGAAGAGGACAACCAAGCCACCUUUACAGUGAUAAUGGUACCAAUUUUCAUGGGGCAGAUAAUGAACUGAAGAAAGCACUACAUGAACUAGAUCAAGGUGAAAUGAAUGGGAAAUGUCUGGAGCUUGGAAUUCAGUGGCACUUUAUUCCUCCUGCUUCGCCGCAUAUGGGAGGAGUCUGGGAAAGAAUGGUGGGGGUGGUCAAGAAAGUUUUAUCCUCCAUGAUGAGCGAAGAAGCCUACCCAGAAGAUACUCUGCGAACUUUCCUCACCGAAGCAGAGAGCAUUGUGAAUAAGCGACCCCUGACUGAGAUCUCUAUGGACCCCAACGACCCAGUUGUGCUGACCCCAAACCACUUUCUCCUUGGAUGGAACAGUGGACAAGACCCGAGAGAAGAAUCUGAGCAGAAUUUAGGAAAUUUCAAGAAUUGUGACAUGAUGAAGAAGAAGGGAUGGAGGGCUUCGCAAAGAAUGGCCGAUGAAUUUUGGAGGAAAUGGGUCAAAAACUAUUUACCAACUCUAACCCAAAGAAAGAAAUGGAACGAGCCUUGCAAGCCAUUGCAAGUAGAUGACAUCGUCGUCAUUGUCGACGAACAAGCCAAGAGGAAUACGUGGGAGAAAGGGAGAGUCAUCGCAGUUUACCAAGGAAAGGAUGGGAAAGUCCGCGUCGCCAAGAUCAAGACCCCAAGAGGAACAUUCGAUCGACCCGUCGCGAAGCUAGCGGUCCUCGACGUACGCCGUGAAGAUGAUACUUCGUUCAUCGAGGGGAAGAAUGUCCUGGGACCGUAG